AGCCUCAGCUCCCAAGAGCCCUGAAGCCAGUGAAAAACCACCCAAUCUGGAACUUGGAUCGGAUGUUUAGGACUCAUACCAUUCUGUCUGAUCACAGCCAAAAUUCUAUCUGGCCACUCUUGUCCCAGUGUCCUCUGGUUCUGUGUUGCUGAGAAAAAUCAGGAAAGGGCCUGGUGGCUCUCAAGGCAUGACCAGACACACCAUCCUGCAUUUCAUCCUGUUAAAUGCUCUGAUUGACAAGGGCCAAGCCUGCUUCUGUGAUCAAUACCCAUGGACUCAAUGGUCCAGCUGCUCAAAAACCUGCAAUUCCGGAACCCAGAGCAGACAGAGACAAAUAGUAGAAGAUAAGUACUAUCGGGAUAACUUUUGUGACCAGAUUUGCACCAAGCAGGAGACUAGAGAAUGUAACUGGCAAACAUGUCCUAUCAACUGCCUCCUGGGAGAUUAUGGACCAUGGUCAGACUGUGACCCUUGCCUUGAAAAACAGACUAAGGUUAGAUCUGUCUUACGCCCCAGUCAGUUUGGGGGACAGUCAUGUACUGAGCCCCUGGUGACCUUUCAACCAUGCAUUCCAUCUAAGCUCUGCAAAAUUGAAGAGACUGAUUGCAAGAAUAAAUUCCGCUGUGACAGUGGCCGUUGCAUUGCCAGAAAGUUGGAAUGCAAUGGAGAAAAUGACUGUGGAGACAAUUCAGAUGAAAGGGGUUGUGGAAGUCCAAAGCCACCAUGCGCACGGCAGUAUAAUCCCAUCCCUAGUGUACAGCUAAUAGGCGCUGGGUAUGUAACAUCUUUUUAUCAUUUUUGGGAGAACAGGUAUCUCAUAACUAAUGAGUUAGGAGCAGCAAUCAAGCAACCAGACAUAUCAUUGUUCAUCUUCCUCAUUAACUUCUUAGUACUCCCACCUUUCCUGUCUCUGAUACUUGGCUACCAUGUUCAGGCAGCAUGUGGCCACUAUCCUCACUCCCUCCAGGUACAAACUGAAGAAGAUGAUUUGCAAACAGAUUUCUACACGGAUUUAACUUCUCUUGAACAGAAUGAAAAUAAACGAACCUCAUCUUCAAGGAGAGAUCAGAACUCUUUUAGUGUACCAAUUUUUUUCUCCUCCAAGAAAAGUCAAAAUGUCAACCAUAAUUCUGCCUUCAAAGAAGCCAUUCAGGCUUCCCACAAAAAGGAUUCUAAUUUUAUUAGGAUCCAUAAAGUGAUAAAAGUCUUAAACUUCACAAUGAAAUCUAAAGAUCUGCAGCUUUCUGAUGUUUUUUUGAAAGCACUUAACCAUCUGCCUCUAGAAUACAACUCUGCUUUGUAUAGCCGAAUAUUUGAUGACUUUGGGACUCACUACUUCACCUCCGGCUCCCUGGGGGGCGCCUAUGACCUCCUCUAUCAGUUUAGCCGGGAGGAACUAAAGAGCUCAGGCUUAACAGAGGAAGAAACCAAAACCUGUAUCCGGAUUGAAACAAAGAAACGUGUUUUGGGUUUUAAGAAAAAAAAAGUGCAACACCGGUGCACUACUAACAAGCUAUCAGAAAAACAUGAAGGUUCAUUUUUGCAGGGAGCAGAGAAAGCCAUAUCCCUGGUUCGAGGUGGAAGGAGUGAGUAUGCAGCAGCUUUGGCAUGGGAGAAAGGAAAUUCUGGUCCAGAGGAGAAGGUAUUUUCUGAGUGGUUAGAAUCAGUGAAGGAAAAUCCUGCUGUGAUUGACUUUGAGCUUGCUCCCAUCGUGGACUUGGUGAGAAACAUCCCCUGUGCAGUGACAAAGCGGAACAACCUUAGGAAAGCUUUUCGGGAAUAUGCAGCCAAGUUUGACCCUUGCCAGUGUGCCCCGUGCCCUAAUAACGGCCGUCCCACACUCUCAGGGACCGAAUGUCUGUGUGUGUGCCAGAGUGGCACCUAUGGCGAGAACUGUGAGAGACGGUCUCCAGAUUAUAAAUCCGAUGCAGUAGAUGGAAACUGGGGGUGCUGGUCUUCCUGGAGCACGUGUGAUGCUACGUAUAAGAGAUCGAGAACCAGAGAAUGCAAUAACCCUGCCCCCCAACAUGGAGGGAAACCCUGUAACGGGGAGAAGCGGCAAGAGGAAGACUGCACAUUUUCAAUCAUGGAAAACAAUGGACAACCAUGUGUCAGUGAUGACGAAGAAAUAAAAGAGGUCGAUCUUCCUGAGAUAGAGUCAGAUUCAGGGUGUCUUCAGCCAGUUCCUCCGGAAAAUGGAUUUAUCUGGAAUGAAAAGAAACUCUAUUCGGUUGGGGACGAAGUUGAAAUCGCAUGCCUGACUGGAUUCAAAACUGUUGGAUACCAGUACUUCAGAUGUUUACCCGACAGGACCUGGAGGCAAGGGGAUGUGGAAUGCCAACGCACAGAAUGCCUCAAGCCAGUUGUGCCGGAAGUCUUGACGCUCAGACCGUAUAAGAGAUUAUAUAAAAUUGGUGAAUCCAUUGAGCUAACCUGCCCCAAAGGCUUUGUUGUUGCUGGGCCAUCAAGCUACACAUGCAGGGGAAAUUCCUGGACACCGCCCAUUUCAAAUUCACUCACUUGUGAAAAAGAAAUUCUGACAAAAUUAAAGGGCCAUUGUCAGCCAGGACAAAAACAAUUGGAAUCUGAAUGCGUUUGUCUAUCUCCAGAAGAAGACUGCAGCCAUUAUUCAGAAGACCUCUGUGUGUUUGAUACAGACUCCAACCAUUACUUUACUUCAUCUGCUUGUAAGUUUCUGGCCGAGAAAUGUUUAAAUAAUCAGAAACUCCAUUUUCUACAUACUGGUUCCUGCCAAGAAGGUCCACAGUUAGAAUGGGGUCUUGAAAGGACAAAACUUUCAUCCAAUAGCACAAAGAAAGAAUCCUGUGACUAUGACACCUGCUACGACUGGGAAAAAUGUUCAGUCUCCACUUCCAAAUGUAUCUGCCUGUUGCCCUUCCAGUGCUUCAAGGGUGGAAACCAACUCUACUGUGUCAAAAUGGGAUCAUCGAUGACUGAGAAAACAGUGAACAUCUGUGAAGUGGGAGCUGUAAGAUGUGCAAACAGGAAGGUGGAAAUACUGCAUCCUGGGAAGUGUUUGGCCUAGCACAAUCUCUGAUAAACAGAUUCACUAUCCAAAAUUAUUUCCUAUAAAAGGGCACUCUUAUACAAACAGCAGACCAGUAUGCCCAGAAGUUACUGACAGAAAUUCAUUUGUGUUAGUCUCAGAUCAUUAUUCUCCCCUGACUUUCCUGUUUUAGUGCUCCCUAUCCAGUUCCAGCUCACGACGCUCUGUAUCACACCCCCAGGUAAUAACUUCCACAUCAGUCUAUUAAAUCAUUCUGUUCACAUUGCACAAAAAUAAUGAAACUUCUAAGGCCCUUAUGAUGCCUGUGAUAUUAGGUAUUCUCACAAUUAGAAACAAGAACAAAAACCAUAAUUUUCUUCAAUGAAUCAAUAAAGAGAAAUCUACAGAACCUGUAAAAACACAUUUUUUUAAACCCAACCUUCUUGUAUUCAUUCAACAAAUAAUUUCGGAGUAUCUGCAGCAUGUUAAGUACUAUUCAAGAUCCUGAGAAAUCAGCAGUGACUAAAACAGACACAGGCUCUUGCCUUCAUGAAGUGCGCAUUCAUGUGGGAAUAGAUAAUACAAAAAGUAAAAUGAGCAUGUAAAAUAUGUAGUAUGUUUGAUGAUGACAAUUGCUAUGGAGAAAAGUAAGAAGGGAAGGGUGGGGCCCAGCCUUAAUCCUCAUUUUAUGCAAGGAAAUAUUCCAUAGCAAUAAACAUCACUGCAGGAUGGUUUGACUCAAGUAGUUCAGAAUAAACUCAUGGAGUUCAUUCUCUGAGGAAGAAUAGGGAUUCUCUUUGCCUCAGUUCAAGUGCAUCACAUAGCUUUUAAGCUGAAGGGUGGGAUGAAUGGAAAAUUGUCAGAGAAUUUUUAAGGAACUAUUUUUAAAGUAAGUCAUCUUUUAUUAGGCCACAUGAAGUAGACAUCCAUUUCUUAGAGAGGCUAGGGUGUCAUUUUGAAUUGGAGAAGACAGGCAUCUUUGGAAUAGCAGUUCCGAAAUAUCAGGAUACAUCAGAAUCACCUAGAGGGUGUGUUAAUACACAUGCCAGGGGCCCACCCCCAGUUAUUGAUUCAAUAGGUCUGGGGCGGGACCUGAAAAUUUGUCCUCCUAGAAGUGAUCAUCCUCUAGUUUAGACAUCCCCUGGUUUAGACAUCCCCUAGUUUAGACAUCCCCUAGUUUAGACAUCCCCUAGUUUAGACGUGGAGUCAUCAGUUAAUCCUGACAUAGCAAUGAAUCUCAAAACCAGAGCCAGCCAACCUCCAAGCAGAUGAGUGAAUCAGACUCCCUUCCACCAAAACUCACUGGAUUCUCACCUAGUGGAAGGAGAAUAUUAGCCACAGCCAGCCAGGAGCACUCUUGCCAGACUUUGUACAAUAAAUGCACCUCCUCUUCCAUCUCAUUAUUCACAGGAUGUUGGCAGAAUCUAAAAUAUCUUGUGAUAUCAAAGGAGAAGAAUGGGGAAGUAAAAAAAUCCUAGAAACAGAAAUAUUUUCCUUGUGUAACAGAAGCUGAGCAGGUCCUUUCCUUUUCCUCAGAGUCAGAGACCCAUCUUUUCCCCAAUCACACCACACAUUCCCUUCUCACCGUGAGAGUGGUGCAGGCCACUCUUGUGAGCAUGCCACCUUCAGCACGCCCAAGACACCAAA